AUGCUACCUCCUGGAACGUUCCAGGGCAAAAUCGCGCUCGUCACUGGUGGGGGCACUGGCUUGGGCAAAGGCAUUGCCACGAAACUGUCCGAUCUCGGCGCGACGGUUGCGAUCCUGAGUCGUAAACGGGAAGUCGUGGCAGCCACAGCUCAAGAGAUUCAGGCGCUCACAGGGAACAAGACCAUUGCACUCACUGGCGACGUCCGUGACGCUGAGCAAGUGAAGAAGGCACUGGACGAACUGGCCCACGUGGCCGGCGUGCCGACCGUUGUGGUGAACAAUGCCGCGGGCAAUUUCAUCUCUCCGUUUGAGCGGCUGAAUGCCAAAGGGUUUGGCACUAUUGUCGAUAUUGUGCUCAAAGGCACAGCCAAUGUGACGCUCGAGGCGGGCAAGCGCAUGAUCCAGGAGGGACACCCGGGCGUGUUUCUAAACAUUACGACCACGUAUGCUGAGACGGGCUCGGGUUACGUUGUGCCGUCGGCCGCAGCGAAAGCUGGGGUUAGCGCAAUGAUCAAGUCAUUAGCGGUGGAGUGGGGCAAGUACGGUAUUCGUUUUGUGGGCAUUGCACCCGGUCCGAUCAAGACGAAAGGCGCGUUCGAUCGACUUGAUCCCUCGGGCGCGUUUGAGGAAAUUAUGCUGCAAAACAACCCGCUCAAGCGCUUCGGAGAAGUGGACGAGCUGGCCAACUUGGCUUCGUACAUGACGAGCGACUAUGCCAGCUGGCUCAAUGGCGAGAUCGUUCGCUUUGACGGUGGUGAAACGGUUGCCAAUGCUGGCGAGUUCAACAUGUUUGGCUCGGUCAGCAGCGAAAAAUGGGACGACUUGGAAGCUGCGAUUCGUGACUCCAACGCCAAGAGCAAAAGGUGA